CAGGCGGAGGAGUUGAACCGGCAGCUGGAGGAGCUGCGGGCGGAGAAUGAGCAGCUGCGCGCCGGGGACGAGGAGAAGGUUCGCGAGCUCAACGAGCUGAACGAGCAGGCGGAGGAGUUGAACCGGCAGCUGGAGGAGCUGCGGGCGGAGAAUGAGCAGCUGCGCGCCGGGGACGAGGAGAAGGUUCGCGAGCUCAACGAGCUGAACGAGCAGGCGGAGGAGUUGAACCGGCAGCUGGAGGAGCUGCGGGCGGAGAAUGAGCAGCUGCGCGCCGGGGACGAGGAGAAGGUUCGCGAGCUCAACGAGCUGAACGACAGGCGGAGGAGUUGA